CUGAGAUACACCCAUAAUCAAGCAGUCGGUGCUUUUCAGAGUGUGGUCUGGCGCCCGCAUUAACACUGCUCCAUCAUGCGGUUACCGGUCACCACUAUGCGCCUUUCCGGCCAUUCGUCCUCGAGCUUCUGGUAGAGCCUCGACCGCGUCCGCCUAGUUCACUGCUAGAGUAGAGACAAGGGAUCGUUGGUGAAACUUCCCUGGUCCGAGACUUCAACCAUGAAGUUUGGCAAGCACAUUCAGAAGAGGCAGCUUGACAUCCCCGAGUAUGCGGCUAGCUUCGUGGACUACAAGGCUCUCAAGAAGCUCAUUAAGAAGCUGAGUGCGACACCAAUCCUACCGGCUCAUCAAGUUUCCGCAGAGGGCGAGAUACUACAAGAUCCGCAAGCAUCUCUACAAGCCAAUAAGGCAACCUUCUUCUUCCGCUUGGAAAGAGAGCUUGAGAAAGUCAACACCUUCUACCUGCAGAAGGAGGCCGAGUUGAAACUUCGCCUCCGGACGCUCCUCGACAAGAAAAGAGCUCUCCAGUCGCGCGCUACGCCAGCGUCGAAACUCUCGUCUAGCUAUGUAUCGCUCGAUGAAGGCUUCCGUCUCUUCAGUAAUGACCUCGACAAGCUGCAACAGUUUGUUGAGGUCAACCAGACGGCUUUCUCAAAGAUCCUGAAGAAGUGGGACAAAACAUCAAAGUCACGUACGAAGGAGCUCUACUUGUCGCGUGCUGUGGAUGUUCAGCCGUGCUUCAAUCGGGAUAUCAUCAGCGACUUGUCCGACCAAGCGACGACCGGCUUGUUGGAAUUGCAAGCAUGGGCGGAGGGUGAGAAGAUUGCUUUUACACCGGCAGUUGAUCUAGAAAACAGGGUAGCGCAAGUUGGCCAAGAUGAAGAGGUUGAGACGCAGGUCGUGCAAGCCGUCAACGCUGGCAACGUCGGCCUUGUCAAGGAGUGGGCUGCGCGUAUGUUGAGCAGCGAGGAUGCAAAAGAGCGCAUCAGUCGCGUAUUCCUCAACACUGUCGGUACGGCAACCCCGGACGCGCAGCGCAUCCUCUACGAGACCAACGCUAUCGCCUUCGAUUUUGCGGACGAGAUCAACGAGCGGAGUUGCAUGCACGAGGCAGCAGUCAGCGACAAGGUUGAUGUACUCAAGGCUGCCCUAGCGGCGGGUGCUAAUAUACGUGCACCGGAUGUGUAUGGCCGUAUACCAUUGCAUUAUGCCUGCAUGCACGGCCAUGUGGAGAUGAUUCGUAUCCUCGUCGAAUCCGCACCGGAUACCGUGGACGUGAAAGACCUUGACAAUUUCACGCCGCUGAUACACGGCAUCGUGCACGCGCGAACGGCAAGUGUACAGGCGAUGCUUCAGCUCGGCGCCCUUGUCAAUCCCACGAGCACUGCGGACCAUGUACCGCUGUGCUUAGCGUGCCAGUAUGGCACGGUCGCAAUCGUGGAGCAAAUGUUACAUUACAAGCCGCAGAUACUACCGGAUGCCGAAGGUCUUUUCCCGCAGCAUCUCGUGGCUCGGUUCGGCGGCGACAGCUCCAUUUUGGUCAUGCUGAAGGCAUACGGUGUGGACAUGGACCAGGCCGACAAACUAUACUCAUGGACACCGCUGUUCCACGCGGCUAGUGAAGGUCAUCUACACUGCUUGCAACAACUGCUUGCGUUCCAUGUUGCCGCGAACGCACUGGACGAGAAGGGGCUCUCCGCCAUGUAUUAUGCGGCAUGGGAAGGCCAUUUGGACUGCAUGCAACUGCUUGCACAAGAGGGGGCCACCUCGGAUGUGCCGAUGCGUGAGAAGAUGGAGUUGCAGAUGACUGCCUCGAUCGCAGAGCCGCCAUCCCUAUCAGCUGGUACGCCCGCAUUCUCACAUCCGGACGCCGAGAACAUCCCGACCCUCAGUUUACCACCACCCAUUAUUCCCCUACGCCGAUACGGCCACAACUUCCUGGAUACCACGAAGACCUUCAUACUCCUCUCCUUCGAUGAACUUGGCGGUGAUGCAAUAGAGUUCUACGGUGACAGCAAGUACCCGGCCGCUCGUCUCACGAUCUCCUCGAAAUCGUCAGACCUCAUACCGCGCAAUGUGCCCCUCCCGGUGCAGGAUGACUUCAAGAACAUCUCGUUCCAGAUCGAGAACUUGGAUACCUUCAGCAUCGACUUUGACAUAUUCCCAACGUUCGGCACCAAAGUCAUCGCGCGUGCUGCGGCAAGUAGUCGUGUCUUCACCGGCAAAGCUAGCAGCUCCGGGAAAUGGCAUCUCGAACUCUUCGAUCCGCGCCUUCGGGCUAUUGGACGGAUCAGCUUCCGCUUCCAAGUUGUGACGCCUUUCCACGGUAUGGCGCUGGAAAUUACGCACUUUGCGACGUACUGGAAGGCUACGAGUCAGUUCGAGAACCAUCCAAGCAACCUGAUAACCGGCAGCAGCUUGUCUGGCGAUUUCAUGCGCCUGUUUAUACAGGUCACCAGAGAUGGCGUGCCAGUCUUGUACAAUGACUGGGCGCUGCCGAGCAGUCGGAACGAUCUCAUCAGUCGACUUUCGUAUGACGAAUUCGCCAAAGCCGGUAUCCACGCUGGACAAGGGAAAGCCGUGCUCCAGGGUCUUCAAGGCCAAGGAUCCGACCACGAGGACCUUUCAAGCCUUCAGAGACUGGUUGCGCGUUCAUACAUCUCACUUGCCGACGCACUGGCGCUGUUACCUGCGAACAUGCGUGUGGAGAUCCACGUAUGCUACCCAUGCAAGGCGGAGGAGGAAGCGCUACAGCUUGGGCCGACGGAGAACAUCAACACCGUGGCCGAUGCUGUCCUUAAAGUGGUCUUCGAGCACGCACGACAACUUAGACAAGCGAAGGAUAGCCCGUUGCGGAGUUUUGUGUUCUCGAGCUACAAUGCGGAUGUGUGCACGGCAUUGAACUGGAAACAACCCAACUAUCCUGUAUUGCUCUGCAACGAGCUUGGUGUGGCACCGACAACAAACGGCCAGCGGCGCAUUAACCCGAACAUGGUGACCUCCUGCGGACGUACCGCGCUCUCGAUCAAGGAAGCGGUCCGCAUCGCGCAGUCGAACAACUUCAUGGGUCUCAUCUGUACCUCGCGAUUACUCGAGCUUGUGCCUGCGCUUGUCUCAUCGGUCAAGGAAGCCGGUCUUGUACUCAUAUCGGACUACAGCCACGACUUCAUGCUGACGCGACCGAGUGUCUUAAACUUGGCCCAGGGCGUAGAUGGUCUACUGAUGGACAAUGCUGUGCUGAGGUUUAAGGAGGCUAUUGAUCAGUAAGGGACGGCUUCUACUGGUGAAUCCACAAAGCGAGGUGUUCGGCGUUAGAUGGACAUAACGAUUUCGGGGGAUAAAUGCGAUGUUUGAUGAGCUAUACAAGCAUGAGCGGUCGGCUGUGAAUUGUAUUCAUGGGAGGCCAUCGCGAGACUCGCAGAUCUAGAAUGGGCGGCAGUUCGUUCUACUUGACUUGCUGCAGGCAAGAUGCCGCUUAGGCAUUAGGCUCCCUUAUAAUCAUACUUUGCCUUAUGCAGCUCCUCUAAAUCAACGGGCGCAAGCUGCUGCCGCGCGAACAUUGACAAGCCGAAGAUCGCUGCCGGGAGCGCUUGUCUCCAAGCCACGUCAGUCGCACCUUUGCUCCAGCUCAAGGCGGCUGCAAAGAACAUUACCGUAGCCAACGUC